AAAAAAAAUAAUAUAAAAAAAACAGUCAAACUUACACAAAAUCAAUAUUAAUGAGCCAUUAAAAGCUGCUGCUAAUGACUGAAGUGAGCGGAAAUUGAAUAGGUUGAGCGUUGAAGGAAUCACAGACAGACUUCGCCUUCGAAUCGGAUGUAGCCAGUACAGUGCCAGGAGCAGGAAAUCGCAUUAGCAUUAGCCUUAGUAUCAGCAUCAGCAUCAGCGAGCAGCUCAACUGAUUCACGUUAAAAAGUCCCAGGCUAGAAACGGAAGUUUUAGCGUAAUGCCUUGCGCCUGAGCUGCCAGCUGAUGGGCAAUGGGCUGCUCCAGUUCACAGGCGACGACAACAGCAAUUGACGAGACAAAAGCAAAAACAAGACCCAACAGCAAAAUGGCCGACUUGCCCAAGCCGGAAUACCCUGCCUCGGAGGCAUUCACAAUUCCCCUCGAUGAUGACGUGGCCAGUUCAACGGAUCAAUUAAAUGACACCCUGCGCCAGCCGCCGAAGCGACUGCAGCAACUGAUGCAACAGGCAGCCGAAACGGAGCCAAUCACCUUCGAGGAGCUGGAGGAUAAGCAGCAGCGUGCCGAGCAGCGACGCCAGGAGCUAUUGCAGCAGAAGGUCGAAACUAUACAGAAGAACACACAGAUGCUAAUGCGGGCUCACGGAGAGCGAGAGGAGACGGUGGAGGGAGCAGAGCAGGUUGACGAGGAGCAACAACCAAAAUCUACACAGGAUUAAAGCCACAAUUUUAUAACUAAACCGUUGGCAUUAAUUAUUACUAUUCAUACUAUUCAGGCACAAA